ACUCUAUUUGUCUUUAUUCAUUUAGUUUUUCUUCAGUUAAACAUUUGAAAAAUGUGUCUCUAGCAGAGGAUAUAUUAGGCAUCACAGAUGAAUGUGAUGCUGGGCCACAAGAUGACUUUAUAGAAAGCUUUGAGGAAACAAGUCAUGAUAUGACUCUGGAUGACGCCCAGGAUAUUUCUCAUGAAAAAAUGCACAUUGUAUAUGAUCACUGCCUUCUUCAACUAGCAAAAAAGAUUGUUAUGCCAAAAUGUUUGUUUUGUGCUGGUGAAGUUGAUGUUUCUAUACAGCCUGUUUCUUCCUGUGUGCAUUUGAUAUGGAAAUGUAGUGCAGGACAUGUAGCAUUUGAAUGGUCUUCCCAACCUUUGAUAAAAGGACAGAUAUAUGCAGGAGACCUUGCAUUAUCUUCUGCAGUCAUACUAUCAGGAAACAAUUUUGGAAAAAUUUCACAAAUGGCAAACUUUAUGAAGUUGACAUUCACAAGUGCAAAUACGUUCUUCGGACUGCAACGCCAUUUUAUUGUUCCAACAAUAGAAUCCUUCUGGUGUCGUAUGAAGCAACACAUUUUGGAGGAACUACAUGGGAAGGAGGUGGUCAUUAUGGGAGAUGGACACAUGGAUGGACCUGGCCACUCUGCACAGUAUUGCAUAUAUUCAUUCAUGGACUUAGAAACCAAACAAAUAUUAGGUGUUGAAAUUGUGGAUAAACGUAAAACACAACUGAAUUCCCCUUUUAUGGAGAAGGAGGCCUUCCGGAGAGCAUUACAAAAGUUGUUGGAUGAACAGCUAAUGGUCAAAGAAGUGGUUACUGAAGCACAUGCUCAGAUUUCAGCUCUGAUAAAAAAGAAAUUUCCUUAUGUCAUCCAUUCAUAUGAUAUAUGGGGUGGUGCCAAAAACCUUGGAAACAAAUUAAUUGAGGCUAGCAGACAGAAAGAUUGUCGACAUCUUUUACACUGGUGCUCAGAUAUUGUCAAUUAUUUCUGGUUUUGCUGCAAGGAAGCUAGUUCAUAUGAAAAAUUUAUAGGAAUGUGGUGUGGCUUAGUUCACCAUGUGGUCAAUGAACAUCAGUGGGCUAGUGGAAACGGCAUCAUUGAGGGACGGUGCAAACAUGGUCCUCAAAUGGAUGAAAGAGAAAAGGAAUGGCUAGAAAAGGGAAGCAAACCUCACACUGAAAUGUGCAGAAUAAUUUUGGAUAAAAAGUUUCUGAGAAACAUCCCAUACUUUCUACAGUUUAGAUCCAUCUUUGAUCUGGAGCAGUUUCAGCAACAUGUGCAUAUGUAUGCUACCAAAAGAUAUGAAUACACAUACCCUGUCUACAGAGCAAGAUGUUUUUUGGCAGCAAUUGAUUACAAUAUGCAUUUGAACCGGCAAACCAUGCACAACUCACAAAAUCAGUUAAUAUACCGUAGAAUAUACCAUAGAAAAUCUGGAAGGUGGACUUUGGUACCCAAGAAAGAAAAUAAACCCUAUGUAUAUAUUGAUAACAUGAUGGAGGAAAUAUUCCAACGCUGCCUGGAAACAUAAAAAGAUGUCCUAAAGGAGAAACGCCUGGAACAAAAUGUUUCAUGAUUGAUUUCAAUAUGAUUUAUACUAAUUAGCUGCUGUCAUGAUUUAAAAACAAAAAUUCAGACUUAUACUUACCACAAUUACUAACAACAUUACUUGGCUCUAUAGGAAGAUAUAAUUAUUUAACAUUUAUUCUUGAAUGGUGGUGAGCAGGAAUCUUUCUGUACUAAUAAAAUUGCAAAAAAUGGAUAAUCAGGUUUUAACGAAUAACUUGCUGGCCUAUUCUUAAUUUUAUAUUUGUCUACAACGUGUAUAUACACUAAAAUUUUGAGAGAAUUCUCAAAGAUUAAAACUACUUUUUGAUA